AUGGAAGAAGGAACACUGGGAGGAAAAAAAACGAGUCCUCCCUUUGACAUUGAGUCCUAUGAAAAUUUAAUCAAACGAGAAAGAAGUGACAACCUUAAUGGGAGUUGCCGCGAAGAGAAGGAAGUAAGUGGGAGCGAUGGCAUAAUGAAGAGAGGUAAUACCCCCAAGGCAGGAGAAAACAAAUGGAUGAAAAAUGAACAAAAUAAAUGUAUUAUAUUUUCAACUCUCCUAAGAUAUAAAAAAUAUUUAACGAAAAAAGGAAACACUUAUUUUGACUUCAAUCAAACAAACUUAAAAUUAAACGAGAAGGAAUUUUUGCUCCAGAGUAGCAACUACUUUCACCUCUUUGAUAUAAGUUCUCUUUUCUACCCCCAUGUGUAUGUUAAUGUAAAUUCUCACAUGAGUAUUAACAUAUCGGAUUAUUUGAAUUAUAUCACGAGGACAUCGCCAGAGUACAUCACAGCGGAGGAUUCCUCAGUGGAUGCAAAUGAAAUUAUGCAAUAUGCUAGCCCGCAGGAGUUCAUUUUGGAAUGUAUCCAAAAGGUGGAGCACAUAGAAGUGUUCAAAAAAGUGCAGCUCGUGAAAAAGCUACUCCUAACGGUGAACAGGGAGGUCGCCCAAAAAGUACAGACCUAUGUAGACAACAUCCCGGAAGUCAACCCAAACGACUAUAUCUUUGUGCAGACCAACCGACAGAAUGAUCUUCUCUUUGGCUACGUAAAGAGUAGCAAGUUUAAUUUAAUUUUCGAAAUUUUUAAUUUUAAAAAAUUUUUUAAAAAUUGCCACAACAACAAUAUAGACGUAACUAUACACCAAGUGAAGGACAAAGGAUCCGAUGGAGAAAGUUUCGUUCAGCGGGCUGGCACGGAAGGAGGGAUAUAUCUAAAGGAGCAAUCCAUUCAUGUGAGGAAGGAUGCCUACCAGAACAUCAAAUUUUGUUCCGUUCACUACUGCUAUUAUUACUUCUUUAAAAAUGCCCCUGUGAAGUACAUUUUCGAAGAAGGAAAAAGAAAAAAAAAAAUAUUCACUUUUAGUCUUUGCCUAAAGUACGUAAAGAAUCAUCUGUUCCUUCUGAUGCUAUACAAUUAUAGCCCCCCCUCGGAAGAUAAAAAGAACUGUGUGAACGUGGAAGAAGCAAUCCCGAAUUUGGAAGAAAUGGAAAUCCACAACAAACACUUUAACCUGAACGAGACAGACAAAAAUGUAUUCAAAAGAAAUACAUUUUUUGUGCAUGAUUUGUAUGACCACUUAAAAUGUAAAAUUUUAAAUCUUAUCAGUUUUGUUGAGUUCCCUCCAAAUGACUACAUAGUAGACAUUCAUUUGACUAAGCUAAAGACAUGUAAUUCUUCUUCCAGAGGCGACUACUCCUUCAGUGUAUACUGUUUAUCUAACGGAGGGGUCGUUUAUAUUUUUAUUUGUACUCUUAUGAUGAGAGAUAAUAUUUGUGAAGAGUCGUUCCAGGUGGAUAUAUCCAAGUAUUAUCAUUUUGAGUUAAAAAGGAAGGACACCUACCAUAGCAUCAAAGUUGUUAAGUGCAGUUCGGUGUUUCUGCGCGCUCUGUGCGGGGGGGGAACCCAAAGGCGCGGAAGGAAGAAGGUCAAUCGGAGGAGGAAGAACUCAUGUGCAGAAGAGUUGACAUCGAACAACAAAUCUGAAGUAUCUCAUACUUUAGAGGAAGAAACAGUUCCACCUCUCCAAAUGGGUAAUGUCGGUGAAGAACGAAGGAAUCUAAUUUCAUCAUGGAUCAGUUCAGAUGGACUUGAUCCUACCGAUGGAAGCGCUGAAAUGGACAAGUAUAAAUACUUCUUCUUGAUAAUAACAAGUAAAUGUGACAUCUUCAUCAUCAGCUUGAGGAGGAAGAAAAAAGGAGAAGACAUUGAAUUGGUAAAUUAUUCCUGUACAAAUAGCACCAACCCGAAUGAUGUCAUCCGGGGUGUUCUGGUUAAUAAGCACCAUUUUGAGAAGACCGAUGAGGCGGAAAACAGAUCAAAGCCCAAAACUGCAAUGGGGCACACCAACCGAUGUAUAGCUCACCAGCACCAUAUGAAACAAACAAAUAUAAGUUGCCCAAUAUUCGAGCUCCUUUGUUACUUCGAAAACGGAGAUGUAAACAAGUACAAUUUUGUAUGCACCGCGAAGGAACAAUUUCUGGAGUUCUUUCUCACGAAAAAUGAAAUGCCCACAGGUGAACUCCUUUCCAAGAAGCAAUUCUUCAUUCCGAUCCUCUUCCCAUUUAAUGAACAAGUGCUGAAAAAAAAAAAAAAAAAAAAAAAAAACGAUAACAGUGUAACCUUGUACAAUACGCAAACUAGCUAUUUUAAAACCAUUUUAUUUAUCUACUUCCAGGAAAAGCAAUUUGAAAACGUUUGUCUGUCUGUAAAUGACCAGUGCCUAGUUAUCACAUAUGUGAAGUCCUUCUGUAAGUUGCUGCGGAAAAUACGCUCACUCAUCGAGCGGGUGAAAAUUUCCCAGGAGAAAUUGCACAGAAAAGGGAACGUAACCUCCCAGGACCAAGUGGGUAUCCUUCAAAUGGGAAGGAAGAGGAAUUCCAGGAGAAACAAUGGAAAAGUCGAAGCAGACGCGGAUUUCUCACCAGACGAAGAAACCAACUUCAUAGAAGGGGAAUCUAUGAACGGAAAUUUGUUCACACAGAGGGAUCACAAGACGCACUUCUGGGAAUACAAAUAUAUCUUAUUUGGAUUUUACGAUUUAUUUUUAAUCAACCAAAAUAAUACCAGUGGUAAUGUUAGGGGCCACCUUGACGAGAACGCUAGGAACAACCCUGACCCCGCUGUGAGCGAAAAGGAAAAAAGGAAAGACGAAAGCAACGCAAUGAACUCGUACGAUGCACACAGCCAUUUUAAUUUCCUAAAUUUAAUAAAGGAGUACCUAUCUUAUGAUAACCUUGUCGGGUGCAUCUCUAAUGUCCCAUCCGGGGAUAAAAAUAGGAAGGUUAAAAUGAAUUUUUAUCAUUUCCUCCAAACGUUAUGCCAUUUUCAAGCAAACUACGUUAGCGAAGGAAACUCAUUUUUUCACCUAAUAUUUAACGUACUUUGCCAGAAAAAUAUUUACACUGAUGGUGUUUAUAGCAACAAUGCAGUGGGGAGGAAAAACUUGUCGCUUGGGAUGGAUCCACUUCUAGACAUAAGGACUCACUUUUGUAUUUUGUUUUCCUUCUUUAUUCACAUGUACAAUUUUUGCUUGAAGAAAAACGGUAUCAGCAGCGACUCUUUCAGCUCACACAUUACCUAUUUCCUUAUUAACAAAGAGACGCGCAGAAAUAAGAAGCGAUUUCGGUACGUUUACAGGCCAGAGUCUCGCCAAGGGGAAGGCAAAACUGAACAUACUGAUAAUGAUGCGAAUGGAAAGGUGGACCACCUAGUGGGCCAAAAGGAAGAACUCCACAUGAACUCCCGCACCAAACAGCAGGCAAUUCCAGAGGCAGUUCCACAGACAACUCCACAGACAACUCCACAGGCAACUCCGCAGGUCACCCCGCAAGUGAAUCUAGUCACCAUGCGCAAGUGCCUGUACUACAUAAGCAAGACAAGAAAAUAUUUGCAAUCCAUAUUUGGAGUCGAGGCGAAGGGUGAAGACACAUCACGGGGGAUCUCUUCCAUCCCCCACGUGUACACGAAUUUGUAUCUGUGUCAAGUCCUCUAUAUCAUGCUUAACACGUUGCGAAUAAAUAAUACAAACCUGUUUGUGAAUGUAGCUUAUGACCUAAGGAAAAAUAACAUGGACUACUUCUAUCUCCUCAUACUGCUAAAUGUCUAUGUUCUCCACAACAGUUUGUUUUCGCAUGGUGGUCAUCAGAACCCCCUCAGUGGAGACGGAGAAGAAAAUUUACACCAAUUUUUCAAUCAUAUUUUCGAAAAAAAAAACAUUCCUAAUGGAGGCAAAACAGACACUGAGAGAAUGGAAGGCAUCGAAAUAGAGCAGGACGCAUUUGAAAGACACCAAGUGUUGAUACACGACUUUAUAAAAAAGAUGACGAGUCGCUUAAAGGAUGACCACUAUGUGAUUGAGCGAAUUUAUUUUAAAAUAAACUGUGUUCUUUGUGGAAAAGUAUCUGUUUCAAAUUUGUAUAAUCCUUAUUACAUCUGCGAGCAGAAGCACAUUUUUAACAAAUGCAUGGUUACUCUAUGUUGCAUUGGAAAAAGUAGCCUCAUCAUCCCAAGUGUUUACGUUUCGCCUGAUUUAAGUAAGCCAGUUUUUGAGGGGCCCAUCAGUAUUUUACAAUUCAAUUUGCGCGUGAAAUUGGACUGUACAUAUUUCUGCUCCUUUUGCCAUUUGUUUAUGACCACCCAGAAUAGCUUCUUCGCGAAGCACUUCCUUUUUAACCAGUGUCCUUUUUGCAAUCACGAUUUGGUGGCCAUAUGA